UAUCAAAGUUCACCGUACCUUUUGUUGUUUCUUAAAGUCACUAAGUUGAUUCGAUGAGGCAGACAUUUUUUUUCGUAUUUAUUUGUACACUUUUCUAAUAAUACCUAAUUAAUCUGUUGCUGUUAAUUGCACGGAAACUGUACAACAAAUGUUGGCUUUUAGUUUUCGAACGAUCAACAAGAUGAAAUCAUUCAUUUAUUUUGCUGUUGUCAUUCUUGAACUUUGGACGAGUUCUGUUCAGUCAGCUACAGUUAUUGAAAGGAAUCAAAGCUUAUUUCCACUAUCAAUCAUUCACAUCAACGAUUUUCAUGCAAAAUUUGAACAAACAAACACAGAUUCUACGAGUUGUAAGGAAAAAUUGGGACAGAUAUGCAUUGGUGGCAUUGCUCGAGUUAUGACAAUGGUCAAAAAGUUAAAAGCAGAGCGCGAACAAGAAAAUAAAAAUCCAGUUUUCUUAAACAUUGGAGAUAAUUUUGUUGGCUCACUCUGGUACGAAUUAUUUGGAUGGAAUGUAACAAGUCACUUUUUAAACAUUCUUCCUGCUGAUGCUACGACUUUGGGCAAUCAUGAAUUCGACCGAGGUGUACAAGAAGUCGUCCAUUUCUUGGAAAGCUUAAAAUCACCAGUUCUUGUUGCAAAUCUUGACGAUACUGACGAACCAGACCUUCAAGGAAAAUACAAGAAAUCACUAAUUAUUGAACGUGAUGGAAGAAGAAUUGGCUUAAUUGGAGCUCUAGUUGUAAGUACUGUAGAAAUUUCUAAUCCUGAAAAACUCAAAAUUCUUGAUGAAAUUGAGUCAGUGACGAAUGAAGCAAGAAGAUUGAAAACGGAUGAAGACAUUGAUAUCAUUGUCGUAUUAUCACAUUGUGGAUUAGUCAUUGACCGAAAAAUGGCUCAAAAUUCUGAAGGUCUUCUUGAUGUAAUCGUCGGUGGUCAUUCACAUACUUUAUUGUAUAAAGGGGAACCAGUACCUGGACCUGAUGCUGCAAUUGAUACAUAUCCAAUUGAAUACACACAAAAUAAUCACAAGACACUAAUUGUUCAAGCUUCAGCAUAUACAAAGUACUUAGGUGAUUUGACUGUUUAUUUUGAUGAAGAUGGAGAGAUUCAAGAAUAUGAAGGAAAUCCAGUAUUUAUGAAUUCAAGUAUAGUGCCAGAUCCACAAAUUAUUGAAGAAAUGAAACCAUGGAAAGAAACUGUUGAUAAGAUUGGACAACGAGAAGUUGGUUCCAUCAAAAAUAUACUUUAUCAAAAGGAUUGCGCAUUUGGUGAAUGUAACAUUGGAGAUUUCGUAACUGACGCCUUUCUUGAUUUUAUUGUUUCGCAUCCUGAUUUCCAAGAUAGCAGUUGGACAUACGCAACAGUAGCAAUCACAAAUGCUGGUGGAAUUAGAACAAACUUACCCCCAGGAGUUCUUGUUUUUGAUGAUCUGUUCACGACUCUGCCAUUCACAAAUACAUUGAGUGUCUUUGAACUUCAAGGAAAAGAUCUUCUGGAAGUUUUGCAAUUUUCCGCUAAUGCCUGGCGUUACUACAACUUCCUACAAUUUUCUGGACUAAGAGUCACUUUUAAUGUCACAAUGCCUAUGAACGAAAGAGUCGUAUCCGUUGAUGUCUUGUGUCGUGAGUGUGAUAUUGUUCGAUAUGAAAAAUUAGACCUUACUAAAUGGUAUAGAUUGAUUGUGCCAAGCUUCAUCGGAAGUGGUGGAAAUGGAUACGUCAUGUUUACAAGGAAGCGCAAUAAUCGUGUAACAAAAGAAUUAGAUAUUGAAAUUGUCGAGAAAUAUUUUAAGAAGUUGAGUCCAGUUCUUCAGAAAAAGGAUGGUCGUAUAACUGUAUUGACAUGAGAUUGAUGUCUUGACUUAUUUUCUUUUUGGAUGUAAUUGAAAUUAAAUAAAUUUAAUAUUUGUACAGAAUAUGUAAUGGAUUAGUUUUGACUUAAAUUUGACGCACUUCUUUAAAAU